AUGCCACUUGACUCAGAAGAAUCAAACAGAGUGCAAACAGUUAAUUUGCAAUCCAAACCAUCAAAUUCAAUGGAUGGUGAUGAUGAUAACGGUAGUCCAAAACCCAUGGAUUUAGAUGUUCCAUCCGAAGACAAGCCAAGUGAAGGUCAACUUAGAGAAUCAACAGUCAAUGAACAAACACGUCGCCCUAUUCAUUAUACUACUUUACUAUUUCUACCACAUAUUCCAUUCAACACUUUCAAACGAGAUCUGGUUUCUGUAUUUUCCACCUCUCCUUACUUCUUACGACUAGCUGUGUUGGACCCAGUCAUAAUGCCAGAUACUAAGUCAUCUAUUACAGAUCAUGAUCAAAUAUUUGGUACAAUAAAAAAUGCAAUCCCAAAAAUUCUAUUGAAACGCAUGGGAUGGGCAUCAUUCGCUUCACAAUAUAAAGAUGAUACUACCAACAAAUGGAUUACUGUUGAUUUAACUGCUAUUAGAAGUAAGCUAAUCCAGCAUGCAAUUGACUGUGAUGCUCCUAGUGAUCUAAUCGAUUGUCUACGUUUAUCACGUCCAAUUAUUGAACAUUUAAAAGUGCCACACAGUGAACGUGCUCGAAAUACUGGAUAUUUAUUUAACAAGUUGCUGAGUAUAUGCCCGACACGUAUUCGAUCUAAAGCAUUAGUUCGUCGUCACUUAGUCAUAGCAGCUCAUGUUAUUUACCAGUUGGACAAAGCUAGAGGUUUAUGGUCAGUAGACUGUAAUACUAGUGGUCUUGAUGAGGGCAAAGAGAGCAGAAAGUCGUUAGGAGAUGAAAAUAAACAUAGUCAUGAAGUUCUUAACGCUAUUGAUGAUGGAGAAGAAGAGGGUGAAGAAGGUGGAACUACUGGACAAAAAGAGAAGCAAGACAAACAGGUGCUUAUACUUAAUAAAUCAUCCGAAACUACUGUUCAUAGUCCAAGUUAUCAAGGUCGAGUAACGGAAACGGACAAACUAGAGCAAUCUAUUGACCAAGAAGAAACAAUGGGUGAACAAAUGGAUGAUUCAGAAUUAAAGGAUUCAUUUCGUCAGAAGACACAUCAAUCUUCAUUGGAUGAGAAACAGUUAAAUGAUGUGUCAAUGAAUUCAAAUGAUCAUGAAAAUAAAAAUCAGAACAGAAAUAAUACUAAUCUGAUUGAUCCUGGUGAUGAUUUGAUCAAGGCAGCUAAUAUAUUGAAUAAUAUCAAGACAAUUAAUCCUUUUCUACAAGGUUUAACAGAUUUUCUUGUUGAUGAAGGAAGUGCUGAAGAAGAGCUACUUUUAAUGGGUGGUAUGCAGUCUAUCUCAUUCCAACCAUUAACUAAUUCUCAUGCUAGUCUACAAUCAUCAUUACAGUUACAAAAAUUUGAUAUCUCUUCAAGAUUUUAUGAAUCUGAUGAUAGUGAAUUAUUGGUUGCAUUAGAUCGAUUGAUUUUAUACUUGAGAAUAGUUCAUUCAGUGGAUUUUUAUGCACCAGCCUUGUAUAUGAAUGAAGAUUUAAUGCCACAUCCAUGUCAUCUUAUGCAUAUUCGACCUAGUGUAAAUGAGAUCACUAAGGCUUUAGCAAAGAUUAAAGGUCCAGAGAGAACAACCAGUGUAGAAUCAGUUGAUCAGUUAUUCGCCAGUCAGCUUAAACGUUUGGUACGAUUAAUUACUCCACUCACAGAGAAUGAUUGUAAAGGUUUAGGUUUUCGAAGUGUAGAGGAAGUUGUUGAAGAUUUUAUCAAACUUAAUACACGCCGAAAGAAACGUAAAACCGACGUGAUAUGGGUUUGUCCGCUGUCAAAUAAAAAGUUUCGUGAUCCAAUCUAUGUCAAGAAACAUAUUCUUAAUAAGCAUAUGGAUAAAAUUGAAGCUAUCAAGAAGGAUAAUGCAUAUUUCUUCAACAACUAUCUUAUGGAUCCAGCACGACCUCAAUUGCCUUCUGAACCUCGUUUUCCCCGGAAACGAUCUCCAUCUCCUUCACCAUCGCGUGAAACGGUUAGAGAAUCAAGUGGUCAAAAUAACAGAGCUAAUGAACGUGAACGUUCCGUUUCUUGGACUCAAGGUUCACAAAGAUGGCAGCAGUAUGGUCGUAGUCGUAAUGAUGGUGGCAACUUUGGAGGAAAUUAUGGACGUGAUAAUCUUCACAGUAGUGUGCCAUACUAUCCUCGACCAUAUGGUCGUCAACAGUAUUCCAAUUUUCGAAUGCCAUACGGUGGUGGUAAUCAACGCAGUUAUCAUAAUGGACCACGAAUGGGUAAUGGGUAUAGUAACUUUAAUAGACGUGGUUUUCCAAGGCGUUCUUAUAUUGAUUUAGAUGCACCUUAA